ACCACAGGCCGCCGGGCCAGGCCUCCCGGAGCAGGCAGGAUGGCAGAGGGCAAGGCGGGAGGCGCCGCCGGCUUGUUCGCCAAGCAGGUGCAGAAAAAGUUCAGCAGGGCCCAGGAGAAGGUACUGCAGAAGUUGGGGAAAACUGUGGAAACCAAAGAUGAAUGGUUUGAACAAAGUGCCAACAACUUCUACCAUCAGCAGGCAGAAGGCCAGAAGCUCUACAAAGACCUGAAGAACUUCCUUAAUGCAGUCAAAGUGAUGCAUGAAAGCUCGAAGAGAGUGUCAGAAACCCUGCAGGAGAUCUACAGCAGCGAGUGGGACGGUCACGAGGAGCUGAAGGCCAUUGCAGGGAAUAAUGAUCUUCUUUGGGAAGACUAUGAAGAGAAACUAGCCGACCAGGCUUUGAGGACCAUGGAAAACUACGUAGCCCAGUUCAGCGAGAUUAAGGAAAGAAUUGCCAAGCGGGGUCGGAAACUUGUGGACUAUGACAGUGCCCGACACCACCUAGAGGCGGUUCAGAAUGCCAAGAAGAAAGAUGAGGCCAAGACUGCCAAGGCAGAAGAAGAGUUCAACAAAGCCCAGAGUGUGUUUGAAGACUUGAACCAGGAACUGCUGGAGGAGCUGCCUGUUCUUUAUCACAGUCGUAUUGGAUGUUAUGUGACCAUCUUCCAAAACAUUUCCAACCUGAGGGACGUCUUCUACAGGGAGAUGAGCAAGCUGAACCACAGUCUCUACGAGGUGAUGAGCAAACUGGAGAAGCAGCAUUCCAACAAAGUCUUUGUGGUGAAGGGAGUAUCCAGCAGCAGCAGACGCUCUCUAGUCAUUUCUUCCCCAGUUCAUACAUCUGCAGUCUCCAGCCCCCUGACCUCACCUACCAGUCCCUCUGCACUUUCUUUGGAGAAUGAGAGGGAUUCCGUCUCUGCAAGUGAAGAAGAGCUGGCAUCCGAUCUGGCCCCAGGAGAAAAGGAUUCUGAGAUUAAAGACAAGGAGACGAAGGAGGAAGAGUCGGAAACCAGCUCCUCUGAGGAGGAAGAGUCCCUGCCUGCUUGCAACGGUCCCUCCCAGGCCCAGCCCUCUCCCCGCACUGAGGGCGGCAGGUCCCAGGAGGAAGUUCUCCCUUGCUCGCCCUCUCCGUCACCAGGCAGUGCCCUUACCCCCUCAGAGCAGCCCUCAUCUCUCCCAGAAGUAGUCCUCCGAACCCGCACCUCAAGUGAAGGAGCUGAACAACCAAAGAAGAGAGCCUCUAUCCAGAGGACCUCAGCACCUCCAAAUAGGCCUCCUCCACCCAGAGCCACUCCCAGCCCCCGGCACUCCUCAGGAAACAUACCCUCCAGCCCUCUAGCCUCUGAGCAGGGCUCACCUGCCAGUCCCAGGGCCUUCUUGGGGGCUGGGACUCCAAGUCCUAGGACCUCUUUAGAGGUUUCUCCUGACCCACAGCCACCAGAAAAGCCAGUACAAACUUCUGAGGCCAGAGAAAAGGAAAGCAUCAACAAUCUGAAUCCAGAAGAACUUUGUAUUUCCCCUACCUUGAUGUCUGAGGUCUUUUCAGAGUCUGACGCGGCCAAGAAGAUGGAGGGCAAGGAAGAGAACAGUCAGCUCACCUCCGCUGACUCCCCUGAGAGCCAAGAUCUUCAGCUUCAUGUCUCUGCUGUUCCAGAAGAGAGCAAUGUCAUGCCUCAAGAAGAGGUAUCUACAGUUCAAACUGACUACCUCUGAAGAGGGACUACCGAGACCUCCACACACACCUCCCCAGAGAAGCUUCUCAGCUAGAGGGUAUAUAGGUCAGAGGGACUUAAGAUCUAGCAUUCCUUUGUAGGUUCUCGAACCGUUUGAAUGCUGGUGGUCUCGAAAGAUCUAGCAUUAAUGGAGGCUGAGGAGCAGACUUGGGGGAGGGAGGGUGGCAGGCUGGGGAGAAGAAACUCUUAGUUCCCGGGAAUAUUUAAUUCAGGCUUUUAGUACUGUUAGAAUAAGAAGACUUCAUAUAUUAAGUAAAGUGGGCCUAAAGUGAUUAUAAAAAGCGUAAGCAUCUGUAGACAGAGACACGUCUGCAUAGAGACACAGUACCACAAAUACUCAGAGAAUAGUGAACAAAUCUUUGACUUACCACUCAUUUUGCAAGACUUAGAGCCAAAAGAACAGAUUUUCAGAUUGUUAAAUAAAGGAUUACUCUGACUGUG